AUGGGUGACAACGAUGAGGACAAAGAACUGAAGCAGAAAUUAAACUUUUCCUCUUGUGAGGAAGAGCAUGAGAAUGAAGGGCAAAAGGAAACACAAGAGAGCAAGGAGCCCCAGAGCCAAACCCCAGAGAAGCCUGGAGCUCAGGAUUCAGGAUCUGUUCAGGCGGCAGAGCUUACACCUGUCAGGACUCCCCUUAGUGACGUACGUGACCUCAACACAUUUCAGGAAAAAGGCCAAGCUAGUCCAGGUCAGGGUCUGAGAACUCCAGUGUCACACUCUCUCACACGUCCUGAAACCCCAGCCCCGCCAGACAAGGGCAAGCCGCCACGCUGCGAGAGCCCCUUCACUCCCAAAGGCCAGGUGAGCCAGUCGGGGAUCUCUUCAACAGGGAAGCUCCCCUCCCGAAGCUCUAAGCAUCUGAAGCUCACACCUGGUCCCUUCACCGAUGCGAUGACCUCACUGGCUCUGGUCAAUAUUAAUCCCUUCACUCCGGAGUCCUAUAGGAAACAAUUCCUUAAAUCCAAUGGCAAGCGGAAAACCCGAGGCGACCUUGAGGAAGCUGGUCCAGGAGAAGGCAAGGUAGAACAAGGGCUGCCUGCCAAGAGAUGUGUUCUACGAGAAACCAACAUGGCUUCCCGCUAUGAAAAAGAAUUCUUGGAGGUGGAAAAAAUCGGGGUUGGGGAAUUUGGUACUGUCUACAAGUGCAUUAAGAGGCUGGAUGGAUGUGUUUAUGCAAUAAAACGCUCCACGAAACCUUUGGUAGGAUCAUCAGAUGAGAAUUUGGCUAUGCAUGAAGUUUAUGCUCACGCGGUGCUUGGGCAUCACCCCCAUGUGGUACGUUACUACUCUGCAUGGGCAGAAGAUGACCACAUGGUCAUUCAGAAUGAAUACUGCAAUGGUGGGAGCUUGCAAGCUGCUAUAUCUGAAAAUGCAAAGUCUGGCAAUCAUUUCCAAGAGUGCAAACUCAAAGACAUCCUUCUACAGAUUUCCCUUGGGCUUAAGUACAUCCACAACUCUGGCAUGGCACACCUGGACAUCAAACCUAGUAACAUCUUCAUAUGUCAUAAGAUGCAAAGUGACUCUCCAGUAGUCCCAGAAGAGAUUGAAAAUGAAGCUGAUUGGUUUCUCUCUGCCAAUGUGAUGUAUAAAAUUGGUGACUUGGGUCAUGUGACAUCAAUAAGCAAGCCCAAAGUGGAAGAGGGAGAUAGUCGCUUCCUGGCUAAUGAGAUUUUGCAAGAGAAUUAUCAGCACCUUCCUAAAGCAGACAUAUUUGCCUUGGGAUUGACCAUUGCAGUGGCUGCGGGAGCAGAGUCAUUACCUACCAAUGGGGCUGCGUGGCAUCACAUCCGUGAGGGGAAUCUUCCAGACAUUCCUCAGGAGCUCUCCAAAGAAUUUCACCAACUACUCAAGAACAUGAUCCACCCCGAUCCAGCAGAGAGACCUUCUGCAGCAGCUCUGGCCAAAAGUCGAGUUCUCUGUCCCUCCCUGGGGAAAACAGAAGAGCUUCAGCAACAGUUGAACUUGGAAAAGUUCAAGACAGCCACACUGGAAAGGGAACUGAAAGAAGCCCAGCAGGCCCAGUCCCCCAAGGAAUGCCACAGUGUCCCUGGGGUCUCUGGGACCCCCACGGGAUCAAGAAGCACCAAACGCCUGGUGGGAGGAAAGAGUGCCAAGUCUUCAAGCUUCACUUGGGGGCAGUCUUCCCCAUAA